AUGCCUGCUGAACAACCAAUUGACAUGUUAAAUAAUACUCUGAAAGAGAUCGUAUUUAGAACAAAUAAUCAUCAGAAAUUCAAACAUUUGUCACAGCAGACUUAUUUUAAUUACAGAGAAGUUGAAGCUCUGGCAAUAAUUCAUCGCAAAUGCGUCGAAACGUUAGGUCCCAUGAACAGAUUGAAGUUUCGAGACCUCUUUCAUUCUGGUUUCGAUUUCACGGAAAAUAUUCGUCAUUUAUUGAUCGACAGAGUAUUUUCAGUAUUCGAUAGACACAAUGCUUUGACGAUACACACUGAUCAAUGGGCCGAAGGAUUGUCCAUUGUUCUUCGUGGAAAUUUGAACGAAAAAAUACGUUUUGCUUAUCAAACGUACGACUACAUGAGGACCCAGAAAUUGAAGAAAGAGCACAUAUUUCCAACAAUGCGUGGAUGUUUAAUAAAACUUCAAAACGAUGAAAAUCCCGACGAAGCAGUUAAGGAUUUGAUAGACAUGUUGAUAAGAAAGAUGGACGUAGAUCGCGACGGUGUGAUUUCCAAAGAGGACUUUAAAACAGCAGUGAAAGAACGAAACGAACUUCUCCUGGAAUGCAUGGGUCCUGUUUUUCCUACGAAAGAAGCUUGCCACGUAUUUUUGUCCACGUUCACCGAUGAACUAGGAAGAUACUGA